CCAAGAGGAAUGCACUGUGUUUAAACCAGUGAGAGCACCCUCUAUUAUCUAACAGUUCUACCUGUCGGCUUUAUGGGUGUAACAGAGGGAAUGGAACCACAUAAUGAGCAGAUUUGUUUCAGCAUAACUUUGGGGACUUUAUCCAUUAUAUUGGUUAUCCUUAAUUUAGAUCUGAGUAAAAUUGAGCCUCGGAGACCCUCUUCACAAAAGAACUCUGACACUGACAACUGUGGUGGCUGCAGUGAAAUCAUCGCUAAAGUGGUGAAAAAUUAUUCUUUGGCCUGGAAAAAACAAGAGGACAACUUCAUUAAAUUCAGUAAAAUUGAGCCUCGGAGACCCUCUUCACAAAAGAACUCUGACACUGACAACUGUGGUGGCUGCAGUGAAAUCAUCGCUAAAGUGGUGAAAAAUUAUUCUCCGACUUGGAAAAAACAAGAGGACAACUUCAUUAAAUUCAGGUCUCAGCUGAGCUCCAGGUGCAAUGGUUUUCAUAAGUCCAUCGUCACACAGACCAACACUCCGCUGGGAACAAAACUUGUUUGUGACGGACAGAAGAACAAAAGCAUACAUGUCAACCAGGACCUGUUCAACACUUUCCUAAAGGGCAACCCUUUUUCCAACAAAAGUCUGGACACAUGUGCUGUUGUUGGGAAUGGAGGGAUUCUGGCCAAUAGCAGCUGUGGAGAGGCCAUAGACUCCACCCAAUUUGUGAUCAGAUGUAACCUCCCUCCUUUAGAAAAUGACCACAGGAAACAUGUGGGCAACAAGACAGACAUAGUAACAGCAAACCCCAGUAUAUUUACAGAGAAAUAUGGGGGUCUGAUGGGUCGCCGGCGUCCGUUUGUGAACAGUCUAAACGUCUAUGGAAAGGCGAUGCUGCUUAUUCCAGCCUUCUCCUUCAUCCACAACACGCCCCUGUCCAUGCGGGCCUUUUACUCCAUUGAGGACUUUGGGAGCCCAAUCCGCCCCAUUUUCUUCCACCCCGAGUACCUCCAAAAAUUGGCUGUGUUUUGGCGUUCACAGGGCCUGCGAGCGAUUCGCCUCAGCACGGGGCUAAUCAUGGCUAGUUUAGCACUGGAAGUCUGUAACAAUGUGCACCUCUACGGAUUUUGGCCCUUUAGUAAUCACCCAUACGGACUUGCGCCGCUGACAAAUCACUACUAUGACGAUAGACAAACGAAGAAGAAGUUCCACGCCAUGCCGGCCGAGUUUGAGCUCUUGCUAAAGUUGCAUCAUGAAGGGGUGCUCAAGGUUCACCUGGGACAGUGCCCACCUCAGAAACUGCCCUGAACUGCCUGGAAUGAAGGAACACAGAAGUAAUGCACGACUGAAUUGAUUAUAGAGCUCAACAGUGACUGCCCACCCCCUGUUCUGGAACUAACUUUCCCAUUCAUUUUUCUCCUAGACUUUCAGGAAAAAAAGUUUUAAAAAGACUUUAAAAGUUAUUUAUAAACUGUUUCUGAAAUUUUAUAUAUGGUAAAUGUAUCUUUUGGACAACCACAUUAUGGAUAGCAGCCUCUGCGAUGAACUUUGAACUCUUUUCG